UUGUGCUCGUACUUUACACCAGACAAUAAAUUCACUUUGCAACCACAGGAAAUCAGAAAUACCCUUCAGAAUGUCGAAUGCCAACCCCAACGACAGCGACAGCGACAACGAGCAGCCCCCAGCCGCCAAGAGGCAGCGAUUGAAUGAUACUUUGAAUGAGAUUUCGACAACUGUGGACAGCAGUGAGGGUGAGGUCGGCGGGUCCUUGGGUGGUGGCGUCUCCGAUCUUCGUGAGCGACUGCAUAACUUACUGGUGUGCGUUGUGUGCCGCGAGCUUCCACAACCACACGACUUCUAUCAGUGCAGACAUGGGCAUAUCAUAUGUGACGACUGCAGGAGCGCCGUUCUGGCUGUUGCCAUCUUCAAUGACACGGAUGCCUGCUGCCCCGUUUGUCGAUCGUGCAUUACAAACCACGAUCAGAAGCCGAAUCUACUGGUGCGCCAGACCCUCGUGGAGCUACCCAUCAGCUGCCCCAACUGCAAUGACCAGUUCCCAGAUGGGAAAGAUCUCUCAAGCCACUUGGAGUUCGUUUGUGAGGGGCGUGUGGUUUGCUGCAAGUACCACUGCCUGGGCUGUCCCUGGAAGGGCCCCCACAGGGACAGCGUGGCACAUGAUUCCGACUGUGGGUUUCCUCAGCUGCAGGGAAAGGAGAUCCUAGAUAUUCUGCUGAAUGUCGAGAACAAGGAGCUUGAGGCCCAAAAGCCCGUGUUGCAGCUCCAUCGGGUGCUGAGUGCUAGCCAUAUGGAAUUUUUCACCUUGAGAAUGAACUGGAUACACCGCUCAGAGGGUUCACACUUACGGACCCUCGAGUCUGAGUCGAUUCGUGCCUUUGAGGAGAAUUGGGUGCUGCGUCUACGUCUGAAAAGAGUUGGGGAAAAAAUCACCGUCAGCUGCCAGCUGUUGCUAUUGAAUACCCCACGAGUGUCCCUCAUGGUCGACUAUUUGAUCCAGACGCCGCAAAGUGUCUGCAGCACCAAGCAGCUGCACGACAUACACCCGCGUAUCUACCGCCAUAUUUUUGAUGCAAACAGCAAGAGCGCAAAACGCCAGGAGCUGCCCUUGGCGGGACGUCAGGCCCUGUACCGGCUGUUUGCCAUGUCCCGGAUCCAGCUCCGUUUGUGGAUGUUUUUGCAUUUUUGAGCUGACGCUAAAAGCCUUUAAAUUGUAGUUUAAACCUUUAUUGGGAACAACAUGUUUUGAUUUGA